CUCUUCCAUUUUCACAACACACAAUAAAUUCAAUAUUCCCCGCCCCAAUACCACCAAAACCCCAAAAAUUAUUGACCACACUACCCGAAACCAGGAAAACUAAAAAAUGCAGGCCAAAUAAACAUGGACUCAAAUCGAAAGAGCAGGUCCACAAUUGUAGAGAGAGCAUAACAGACAUCCAAAUCUUCCUGUAGCGGAGAAUACCAAGCAUUCGCCAUAAAUAACCACUUCAAAGCCAAGCGCGAUAAAACAAAAAUGGUUACUAUUUCAAUCAAUGGAUUAUAUUAGCCAGGGACCGACCUCAAUAAAGCUAUCAGAAAGAACACAUUCUGGGGUCAGUUUCCAAGAAGAGCUCUGCUGAGCUUUUCUAAAAAAGGUUUCUGAAUUCGGCCAGCGCGUCAUUGUUUUCUUCUGAUGUCUGGCCCGGGAUUCGAACCCACGACCGGCCCUGAAACCGAAGCUCCUAACUGGAAGGAGGAGGUCCUGCAAGGAGGCUCCCUUCCCAGAGUGGAACUGGAAAAUGGCGUCAAUGGCUGGGCAUCGCCCCCGGGAAACUCGUUUCAUGUUAGGGGCCCGAAUUACUUAGUCAAGAAGCAGAAAGUUCCGGCAGGAGAUUGGCUUCUGAAGCCCCUCGGGGUUGAUUGGGUGAAGUCCAGUUCGAAGCUCGACCAUGUCUUGGGAAGGCCUGAUAACAGAGUAAUGUCUGCAUUGAAGAGAGCCAUUCAUGACGGGAAAGUUUCGAAUGCCUUUAUUUUUGCCGUUAAUUUACAGGUCCCAGGACGUGAGCCGCACAGUGCCAUUUUUUACUAUGUCACUGAGGAUCCGAUCCCGCCUGGGUCGCUCUUUGAUCGGUUUAUCCGCGAAGACGAUAAUUUCAGGAAUUCCAGGUUCAAGAUCGUGAAUCACAUCGUGAAGGGCCCCUGGAUUGUCAAGGCCACAGUGGGGAAUUAUGCGGCAUGCCUACUUGGGAAGGCGCUGACAUGUCGCUACAUGCGGGGACAGAACUAUCUGGAGAUUGAUGUGGAUAUUGGUUCCAGUGCACUGGCCAGCGCGAUUUGCCACCUGGCGUUAGGGUAUACUAGUUGUGUGACGGUGGACAUGGGGUUUUUGGUGGAAUCCCAGGAGGAGCAGGAGCUGCCAGAGAAAAUUUUGGGGGCUGUGAGGAUUGCUCAGAUGGAAAUGGGAUCUGCUGCAAGGGUGGACAGUUUUGUUACUGAUGAGAGGGAAAAAGUUUCUGGUGAAGCUGGAUCAAGGUUUCAGAGGAGCAAAUUGGGGAGGGGUUUGUCAAUGUUGAAAAAUGGGCAUCAGAAAUCCCUCUGUAAGACUGGGAAGGUUGAGGCUGAGGAAGUUGAAGCCGAGGCCAAAUAAUGUAAAAGAUUUUAAAACCCUAGACCCUACAUUGUGCAUUCUGCUGCAGUGUUAGGGGUUACAUGGUGCACUCUUACUUUUCCAGUUCACUCUUGAUCAAACUGUCAGGAAUUGGAAUUCACUCAUCAGAGUUCAGGCAAUGCAGGUUUCCUGCAAAGACUGAAUUGUUAGCUGUUUUUCCUAUUUACAUCGUUAACCUGGGCCCUGGCCAACUGAUCUGUGUGAAAGGUUCUGGAUGAGUUUCAGUGCAUAUCUUGCAGUGUAGAUCUAGGCCUGAUACAGAUUUCUGCAAUCGUGCUUCUGUAAAGGGACUAAUCUCAAAUAUGAACUUGGGGUUUGUAUUUCUUUUUGUUGAGAUUGCAGCAUCUGUAAGUGAAUUUAGUUCUUGAAAUUUGUUUUCAUGUUUUCAAGAUUUUAGUCUUGGUAAUAAUUGCAUCGGAUCUUUGGUCUUAGUUAAAGCGAUAAAUAGGAGCCAAUGUUUAUGCCAUGGUCUAGCACUUGAUGGUGUUUGGAUCAAUUCAACAUACAAUUCAAGGUUUACCCUGACUUUUGGGGAAAUAUUAACACAGGUCUCAUUGCAAUUUACUGUUUUUUGAUGUCAUCAAUAUUAAUUAGGUCAAAUCCUAAACAAGUUUUCUCUU